AUGCCUGCGAUGCUCGAAGACCCGACCGCCCCGGCCGUGAUCCACACGUCUGCUCGUGGCCCGCACCUUGCGCCGGGCGGUCCGCUACCAGUCGGCAUUGCUCCCAGCCAGGUGACGCUGCGCGACCGCGUCACGACGGCGACCAUCAUCCCCUUCUCUGCGCCGAACCAAGUCCCGCUCACCCUGCUGGCGUACCUCUGCGACCAACUGGGCCGCGAGAUAGAAAAGGGCGAUACGUACCCCAUGGUCGACCCGCUGCCGCUGGACAGCUUUGGGCCCUACUGGUUCGGCGUCUUUGGCGCCAUCAUGCUGCUAGGCGAGAUCCAGGACGGCCGCGAACUGCACGACAUGGCGCGACGGGGCUGCGACUGGGAGCGCGAGUGUCUGGGCAGCUUCUACAUCAAGCCGAACUACCCGGGCCGCUCGAGUCACGUCUGCAACGGCGGCUUCUUGGUCACUGACGCGUCGCGGAACCGGGGCGUGGGAAGGCUGAUGGGCGAGACAUACCUUGACUGGGCCCCGAAGCUGGGCUAUACCUACUCGGUCUUCAACCUGGUGUAUGAGACCAACCUGGCGUCGUGUCGAAUAUGGGAUGCUCUAGGGUUCAAGCGCAUCGGUCGUGUGAAGGAGUGCGGCAAUCUAAAGUCUCACCCAGGCGAGCUGAUCGAUGCCAUCAUCUACGGCCGUGACCUCGGUCAGGACGCCGACUUCGUUUCCGAAGAGCGCUUCGACAAGAUACGCUUCUACCUCAAGAACGAGAAGUAUCCCAACGGCGCCGACCGCGCCGAAAAGAGCCGUCUCCGCAGCGCAGCAACGCACUACAAACUAACACCGGCCACGGACGACGAGCCCGAGAAGCUCUGGCUCAAAGGCAAGGAAGUCAUAUCAGAUGCUCAGCGACAGUACGAGAUCGCGCGCGACGUGCACCACAAGUCGCACGGCGGCAUCAAUAAAACCACAGCCGCAAUCGCAGAGUCCUACCACUGGGUCCGCAUCAAAGAGACCGUGUCGCAGGUGAUCCGCAACUGUCCCGAGUGCAGCGAGAUGAACAAGGGGAUCUCAGCCAUGCGGGCGAUUCAGACUCGACCGUCACAGCAGUCCAGCGGCCACCAGCAGCAGUACUCGCCACCCUCGAGCGAUCAGCUCCCCCAGGCCAUGUCACAUCUUCCGCAGCACCAAAACACCCGCGCAGACUCACCGAGCUACCAACUCCAGCUCGAAUCCCAGCCGCAGCAGCGUCCUCAGUCUGCAUAUCCUUCGUACGGGACCGAUGCAUACGACAUGCCCCUCGACCCAGCGCUGAUGCAGGGCGUUCAGCACCUCGCAGACCUGCCCCCGAGCCCGUUUCUCGCAGCGCAAGGCGGGAGCAGGGCCGCGCAGUCUGGUCAUGACGUAGCCUUGCCCGACGCGCCGCAGGACGGGUACGCGCGCACGGCAAGUAAUGCAUCUAGCGGCUCCUACACAAACACUGGAGGCCCGCAGCGACGAGCGCCGAGCGCAAGGACCGAGAUGAGGAGACGCCUGGAGCGGGUUGCGAGGUACGGACGUCGGGACGCCGGGACAUGA